GUCUGUUUAUAAUAUUGUUUUAUAUGUUUAGAUACUAUUCCAUGAAAAAUAUAUUGAUUUUAAGCUAUUAUUUUAUUCCAAAUACUUUUAAAGUUUUAACUUUUGUCACCAGAAUUCCUGUACUAUAAAGAUGGCAAAAAAUCCAUUUAUGAACUGUAAGUCACGUAAACGAAGGAAGGCCAGAAUCCCACCCGCCGCACCAAAAGAGAAAAAGUUCUGUCCAAGGACUAUGGUUCGCUACGAUAACUCAUUCAAAGACUACCCUACAAAGUGGGUUUGUAAGAUGUGUCUUAAAAUACUUUUGAGUGAAAAUGCUGUUAAGAACCAUCUGAUCAAUUGUAACGCCCGUUCAAGACAACCUGAACCAGCUCCACCUAUUCUUGAAGAUACUCCUUACAUAUGCAAGUAUUGCAACAAGGUAUUUUCAAGGGGUGUUACACUAAAGAGGCAUUUGGAAGAUCAUGAAAAAAUCAGUUACGACUCGGAACUAUCUGACAACGAAGUUGAACAUAAGUUGAAGAAUAUGAAAACAGAAAGGAAUUGAUAAUAAAGACUAACCUGAUGAUUAAAAUAAAUUCAAUAACAUUGAUUUGACUUAAUUUUAUUGUAUUCAUAUUAUUUUUGAUUUAGACAUUAUUUUAUUUUGACAAUUCUAACACUAAGUUAGAGGACUUGUCAGGGAAAUUUAUACAGCUGUCCCUAAAAUAUCCAAAUUUGUGUACUACAUGAAUAAUCUUAAAUCGGUAAAAUCUAUAUAAAAAAUCAAUGCUCU